CGUCAAAGAAGUUAUUUUUAUUUCCCAAACUAAAUUGUGACAGCGAGAGAUAAAAGAAUAGUUCGAUAGAUUACUAAUUAUUUCCAAGCUUUGAGUGUGUCCAAUCGAUUUUAUCAAGCAUAAAUGAUCACGAAAUCAAGUUAUCGAGUUGAACAAGUUACGACAAAACCAGCAACAAAAAAACAAAAAUAUUUUAAAUUAACAUUUCAUGAGUUAUUAACCAUUUUGUGUGCAGCUACUGUACCCAUAGCCAUCGGCAUUUAUACAACAAUAACGACUGAUCGACAAACGAAAGCAGCUGAAGAACGACGUCAGUUUGAUUUGAAACAAGCAACUGAAUUGCAACAACAACAAAUUUAUAAUGACUUUAUUGAUAAUAUUUAUACAUUACAUAGAGAUGAUGAAUUAAAUGAAACAUCUGAACCAUGGGCAUUUGCUAAUGCACGUUACAGAGCUGCGCAUCGUCAAUGGGAUGCUGUUCGAAAAGCACAUGCAUUACAAUUUCUCAAAGAGAAAGGGUUGAUUGGGAGAGAUCAAUGCACAACAGGCUGCGAAGUUAAACAAUUGGUAGAUAUUAUUCGAUUGAAUGAACUGGAUUUAGACAAUGUUCAGCUAACAAGUCAAACUGGAAGUUUGAAUAAAUUGAAUAUGAAAUGUGUUCAAUUUGAUCAAGUUUCAAUGGUAAAUGCAUCAUUCAAUUUUGCCAACCUUAAUGGUGUAUCAUUUAAUGGUUCAAGGUUAAAUGGCGCGAAAUUUGAAGGUUCUUCUCUCAUCUGUGCUAGUUUUAACGGCACGGAACUGCAAGGUACAGACUUUGGUGAUUCAGAUUUACGAGGUGCACAGUUCAUUAAUGUAAAUUUAUCCACGGCAAAAAUAUCAGAUCAAAUGCAACAAGCUAUAUGCCACAGUACAAUAAUAAAUGGAACAGCGAGCAAAUCGACGGUAGCAGGUAUUUUUUUAAAAACUGUUUUGACUUCAACUCUUCACAAGUGCAAAGGGAUUUUCCUGCUAAACGAGCAAAUCGAUACGCAUCAUUAGACUUCAAUUAAAAGAACAAACAACUUUUCAAACUCCCUUCCAUGUACCAUGACUAUGCUUGUUUACAGUGCUGAACAUAAAGCAAUUAUUUUUCCCUUUUAUGUUUCACUAACUAGUAUAACGAAUGCUACACCAACUUUUGGCAUGAACUCAUGAGUAUUUUUCCGAUUGCAAAAACGCGUCUAAACGCGAUUUCCCCCCUGAAAAAGCUUCUAAAUCGCAGUUUUUUUAUCCAAAAUUGCGUUUUAUUAAAAAAUCUCGGUUAAACAAUGCACGCAGUUGCUCGCGAUUCGAACUAAUAAUCCUGACUUCCCUAGCAAUAAUUACCUUUCUUUAUAUUGAACUGUAAUCGACUCUAUCCGUUGGUGGACCGUGGUUGUACGCAAAUCACGAGUAGAAUGCGGUUCCCGCCUUCUAAUCGCGAUUUUUCUGUAGUUUUCAUGGCCUUCUUCCCGAAACUGCUAUGGGCAGGAGCCAAGUGACAAUGAGGUUUUGAAUACACAAAUCGCAUUUCUUUUUACGAUUGCAGUAUAUCACGUGUCUUUCUAAAGUUCGAUUAUUCGCAACUACAGAAAAAUCGCGAUUAGAAGGCGGGAACCGCAUUCUACUCUUGAUUUGCGUACAACCACGGUCCACUAACGGAUACAGUCGAUCACAGUUCAAUAAUCAGAUCAAUUGUCGAAUCGUGAUUAACAUCAAUUGAAAAAACCGACGGUGAGGCGAUUCCUGUGAUAUAUUCGACAUGGGCUGGAAAUGACACAUUGAACCGUGUAUCUAAACGACAAACUGCAUCACAACUACUAACUAAACAAAGUCACAAAAAUUACUCUAGGGAACAGUUUGUAGAUCGUUUGUUCCUAAUUUACGAACAGCGGCAGUCUCGUCACCCAAAAAACUGGAUAGGUUUACAAUGACGCAUCCUUAUUGCCCAUUCGUGGCGCCUGUCGUCGAAAUAGAUCUAAUACUUUUUUUCAAUUCACUUUUCAACGCUGAAGAAGUUAAAAAUAAUUUGAUGUCUCCGGUCAAACAUCAGAGUCGAAAAAGCUUACUUUUUCGGACAUCAUGUUUUUACCGAGUUUUGAGGUCGUUCGAGUUUUCUCGAUUUUUCGACUUCCGAGAUCUCCUGCUGAAUUUUUUUACGAAUAUACUAACUGUGAAACAAGAAACAAGCGUAGGCUUGUUUCCGUCAUUUUCUACGAGUUUCUAGGGGAUAUACUUCAGAAAUUCUACUCACAAAAGCGAGCACAACGGCGAUAUAAGUACUGAAGGGAAUUGUUAUUAAACAUUGUCUGCCUUUUUCAUAGUUUACAACGGAUAAGAUUGUGUAGCCGCUUAUUGAUGAGCUAAAUAAAAAACUUGUACUGGAUCUUUUCCCCAGUUUAUAGAUGAAUAUUGAAUCACAUAUACUAGGUUGAAGUCCAAUGCCAAUUCGAUUAAUCGAAUACGACAGGAGCAUUUUGAGCAACUUGAGUCAAACAUUUUUAUAUUUUAGCAGCUUCAACAAGUUCUUCAACAUCUACCAGUGCCACGUCCUUAGGUGAGAAACAUUCAGAAGAAACAGUUCUUACUUAUUUGUUUAAACAUUUAUUUACAAACUCAGUUUUUUGGAUGACGAGACUGCCGCUGUUCGUAAAUUAGGAACAAACGAUCUACAAACUGUUCCCUAGAGUAAUUUUUGUGACUUUGUU